GAGGGCCGCGGAGGCUGGUCCCCCUCUCCUGGGAUGCGACGCCCCACGCCCGCCCCUCCUCAACGGCCUGCGCGCCCGGCCCGGUUUCCUCCUGCGCCGACCUAGGUCGCAGCCGCCGCCGCCGCCGCCGAGGGUCGCGACGCAGCCUGUGGGCGGGGAGCGGGUGCCCCCGGCCGUGCCGAAAGCCAGGAACGGAGGCUGAGUCCGGGAUGGCGCGCCAGGUGUCCAUGGCCUUCCAGGACCUGGCCGUGCGGUUCUCCGAGGACGAGUGGCGGCUGCUGGGGGAGGGGCAGAGGGCGCUCUACCUGGACGUGAUGCGGGAGAACUACGAGACGCUGGCCUCCCUGGGGACAGUGGAGCUGCUGCCCCUCUCUGCCUUCCUGUGUCCCUCGGAGCCUGGAGGAGCCGUGGGGGGCGGGGGCUGUGCUGCUGAUGGGCAGGACCCUCCGCGGGGAGGAGGGCCCCUGGGAGGAGCCCCCCAGCACAGCCUGCACCUCAGCGCCCUGGUGCAGCUGGUGAAGGAGAUCCCAGAGUUCCUGUUCGGGGAAGUCAGCCCUGAGAGCAGGGGAGCCAGCCUGGACGGGGAGGGGGCGAGCCCUGAGGCAGCAGCUGUGAUGGGGGAUACUUGCCCUCUCCGAGGCUUGCUCGGCUGCCUUCCGGACACACCAGUCGGCCGGCCUGGCCUGGCCGCCAUGCCCAGCGGCAGCUCAUCCCGCAGCCCGCCCAGAGCCAGGGGGCAGGGGAGCCCCCUCCCCAUCAAAACUGCUGACAUGCCAAGGCCUGUGGAGGAGGAAAGCCCAGGGGCCCCCAGCCAGGAGCCUAGCCCUCCGACCUGUAGCCCCGGCAGGCGGAAGAGCCACAGGAAUCAGGAGAGAGGGGCCACGGGGGCAGGAGCUGCAGGAACCUCUCCUGGGAACAGCCCCCUGCAAGGCCUCAUCAACUGCCUGAAGGAAAUCCUCGAGCCCGGGCCCCAGCACCCCGAGCGGCCCCUGCGCUUACUGCCACCAGCCCGCAGCCUGGGUGCGUCCCAGCUGACCGGAGCAGAGCUGCGGCCCGGGAGCCCGCCCUGGGCAGUGAAGACAGAGACAGCCUCAGGGCCUUGUCCCCUCCAGAGUCUGCUGAACUGUCUGAAGGAGAUCCCAGAGGCCCGGGACAAGCAACCCAGCCCCUCAGGAGCAAGGGACCCAUGGCUGCAGGAGGACCCAGGGGCCUGGAAAAGGAAUUCUGGAGGGCCCCGCCCCUUCCAGACCCCUCCACCCGGGCCUGGUCCUGGAGCUGGCAGCGUGCUCUCUGCAGUGAAGGUGGAGGACGGCUGGGCCCAGGGGCCCCCAGAGCCCACAGCCUGUGAGCUCAGCAAGCGGACCCACGGCCCUUCCGCCGCGGGCAGCCCUGGGGACAGUGGAGGCACCGCCCAUGUCCAAGUGCCCAGCUGGGGCUCUGCCGCUCGAGCCGGCAGCGCCUCGAGCUCACCCCUGGAAGCCCUGGAGGCCUGUCUGAGGGGCAUCCCCCUGAGUGGGUCGUUACCUUCCCAGCCGCCGGCCAGCUCUUGGUCCCAGAGCCCCCAGCCAGGAGACCCUGGGUCUCAGAGGCCCGAGCUGCAGCGCCUCGGAUCACACAGCAGAGGAUCCCAAGGUACCUCCGCCAGCUUCUCUUCGUCCAGCAGCAUUGACGGGGACCUGGAUUUCCAGAGCCCUGAGGGCAGCCAGGGGCAUCGGCCUGGAAAAGUAGCUCCGGCUGCACCGGACACAGGGCACAGGCGAGGCUCCUGCGGUUCACAGGACCGAGCUCUGACCAGCCAAGACCGCGAGAGUUGGGUUUUCACAGGAAGCCGCGAGGGAAGCUCCCCGCUCCAGGGCCUGGAGAACUGCCUCAGAGAGAUGCCUGCACCUGGGCCGCAGCCCACCUGGCCCUGCUCCUCGGCAGGGCACAGGGGGCCGUGGAGGGUGGAGCCCAAGAACUGGACGGCGGGCGUGGAAGGACUGAGGGGCGAGGCCUGUGAGCCAGCCCACCUGGGACAGCGAGGGGGUGACGUGCCCACCAGGAGCCUCCGCCUGGCCAGCCCACAGGCACUUGCCCCUGGCACCAUCCCUGCCUGCCACCAGCAAGGUCCCAAGGACCCCGGGGCCGCCAGGCCAGGACCGUGGAGGUGGCUCCCAGAUGGGCCAGCCACCAAGCCCUCCCCACUCCACUGCCUGGAGAACUCUCUGAAGGGGAUUUUGCCCGGGGGGCCCCUGCGCUUCGCCUGCCUGGCUGACCCUGUCCCGGGCCCCAGCCCCAGCCCCAGCUCCAGCUCCAGCAGCUCAGAAGGAGAAGACCCAAGGCUGGAGCCUGAGCUCUGGCAGCCCCUCCUGCAGGAGAGGGACCGCCUUCCCAGCUGCAAGGGCCUUGGCCCUCCUUCCCCACGCCCUGGCGGCCCUCGCGCUGGCAGCAGCCCUGGUGAAGGCCGGAGAAGAGGCGAGACCGGGGACCACCGUGGUCUCAGUGCAGCAGGAAAAGCAGAAGAGAAGGUGGGAGGCCGGUCCCAUCCGCCCUGGAGAGAAGUGUGCUUGGAGAGCCCGGGCCUGCCUGGUCCCCUGGGCAGCGCCGGAGGAGGUCGUGUCCAAGUAUCCCCGGUCAGAGUGGCUCUGGGAAGACGAUGUGUAUCCACACCCCAAGGGCUCUGUGCUCUUCCUGCGGGGGCAGCUGUGGACCCUGCCUCUCAGCUGGAGAAAAGGUCGGGGUCUGGGCCCUGCCAGCCUCCUGGGUCAGCCUGUGGGCCCCUGUCCUGGAAUCCGACGGCUGGUGAAGAGUCCAGGGGCCUGGGGCCCGGAGACAGAAGCCCAGGUGUUACAGCCGGGACCCACCCGAGGCCCCUUCCCGGAGAUCCGCCUGGGCCUACCCCCGGAGCCGCCAUCCCUGGGGCUUUGCCGCACGCCUCCCCACGGCCACCGUGCCCCUGCGCGAGUUCCUUGCAGCACGAGCUCCGCGGCCUCGGUGCCGCCCUCUCGGAGAAGCUGGAUCGGCUGGCCGGGACCCUGGCCGGCCUGGCUCAGGAAGUGGCCGCCGUGAGAACCCAGGUGGAUCGGCUGGGGCAGCGCCCGUGGGGCCCGGGGACGAAGGGCCUCCUCUGGGGCCCUCGCUGGACCGGUGGCCCUGCUCACAGACACCCGCCCUACUGGAGGCACAAGGGCCCCCGCAGGCCGAGACCGAAGAUCUUGCGGGGCCAGGCGGAAGGCUGCAGGGCCGGCGACUCCUCAGGCCUGGCCAGCGGGAGGCCCCGCCUGGUGCCUCAGCUGCCCCCGGACGUGCCCCUGGCAGAGGCUUCUGGGCCCAGCUCCGGCCCUCUCUCCUCGGCAUGCGGCAGCCCCGCUGUGCUGACCGCUUGUCACCCCCUCGGACUCCCGGAGAGCCACUGGAGCCCCCCACCCCCUUUGCUGCCUGCUGCCCCACCCCUCCAGGUGGCCGCCAGUGCAGGAGCAGAGCCUCGGGCUGCAGCAGCGGCACCGCCCAGGACCCUAAAGUGGCCCAAGGAUCCAAGCAGCCUGUUGGCGGGGCUCCAGAGAGCCCUUGAGGGGGAGCUGUGGGGUGGGGAGCACAGGGACCCCGGGUGGGGGCCCCCUAGCCGCCGUCUUAAUGGGUUGCAUCCUUCCGAGGAUGCCCCACCCCUGGCCUCUUCUGGAGGCCGGCCUCCGCCCUUGGCCCCCUGCAGCAGAACCUUCCCUGUGUCUGGACUGUGAGGGGGCCAGGGGUCUGCCCUUGGCCUGACCGCCCCAGACUUCAGGAUGCCUGUUGCUCAGGGAGGUGCGUUCCCCAGCCACGCCUCUGGCUUUCUUGACUCAGGUUCGUUUAGAUGUCGCUUCCCCUCCUGCCCUUCGUGCUGGAACUGCCAGCGCCGGCAGGGGGUGGUAUGCGUACACGCGUGCGCACACCACGUUGCCGGGGCGCUGCGAGCCACUGCAGGGGCGCCACGCAGGAGAGCCCCUCUUCCCGCCUGCUGUCCUGACCUCAGCGCUGAGAAGCCAUGGCUGCCCUCUUCCUGGCGGAUGGGGGCUUAGCUUUCAUUUGGGGCAGAACUCCACCCCUUGGUCUAAGCUGGAUAUACCUGUGGUGGAUUCUAAAAUUACUGACCCUGGUUGCUAAUGAAAAGGCCCAUGGCUCCUACAGAAAGGAGUCCAGAGGGGCCACACCAGCGCAUGGCUGUUUGGUUGUCACCAGCACUGGGGACAAGCCUGCCCUCCCAAAGCCUCCAGAGAAUCAGCAACCCCCUACCCCGCCCCCCGAGCCCCCUCCGCGGCUGGGAGAGGAAUUCGCACACGACUCCCUGGGAAAGAGCAACACGUGUUGUCUUCCUGGGGCCGCAGUAACAGAACCACAGGCCGGGCGCCCUAAACACACUUACAUCCCCGCGGUUCUGGAGGCCAGAUGCCCAAGGUGGAGGAGUUGGCUCCUUCUGAGGCUGUUCUAGGCCCCUCUCCGUGGCCGGUCGCUGACCGUCCUCAUGUUCGCAGUGUGCUCUCCCUGAGCUCAUGCCUCAAAUGUCCCUUUCGUCUGAGGACACCAUCCUCAUGCCCUGACUAACAUGAUUACUUCUGUAAAGACCUUGCCUCCAGCUAAGAUCACGUUCGGUGGUACUGGGGUUAGGACUCCAAUAUACGAUCCGCGGGAGUCGUGCACACUCCAGCCCCUAACACACGUGAGGGGCUGAGCUAAACUUGGGUUCCUCGUGGGGGAAGAAAGCAUGAGCGGGGUCACUAGGUCUGCUUUCCCGGCGGCCACCAGCCUGCCCUGGGCCCCGCCCCUCAGGUGGCACUUGGUGUAGCACGGGGAACGGCCUGCCUGUCGUCUGCCGCAUUUCCCUCCCGAGGGUCAGAUCUUCUCUCCUGAUCUUUCCCCGCCUGAGUCCUUACUCGAUCUGAGGAAUCCUCGGGAUGGUUGUGCACACAUGUCAUCCGGGAAGGCCCUGUGGCGUGGUUAGCUGUGCUGUCAGGGAACCCAGGUGCGGCGCUGAGGCCCAGGCCGACUCGGGGCCAGAGCGGCUGUAGCCACGAUGGGUGCUGAAGGGGGGCCUUGUGGCUGCUGUACCCAGUGCGCCCCUAAAAUCAGGGUCUUUGGGGACACACGCCGGGCCUGGCCUGUGCUCCUUGCUGCCUCUGUGGAGGGAGCAGGCCACUCAUGCCGACGGCAGUAGCCUGCAGACAGACCAUGGGAAGGGGGUGUUAGAGCAGUUCCAGGACUAGUCCCAAGGUGACUGUCUCAGAAGCUAGUGUUCGUCAGAUCAUGUAAGUACGAUGUUUAAGAGACAGUCUUCACAGUUAGCCAUACUUUUUUUUUUUUUUUUUUUUGCGGUACGCAGGCC